UCAGUGCUAGGUUAAGUGAUUAAAAUUGUAAGAUUUAGUUUACUAUUCGAGAUCAGACUGUUUUAGACUGUAAGUGCUCAUAACUACCCAUCUCACAUUCAUAUAGAAAAGUAUCUGCUGAUAAACAUGGCACUGUCAAUGAUGAGAAAAAUUGCCAUCAGUAACAUGUGUGUUGUUGUUGGACUAACAAGAAGAGCAAGUGCAAGAAGCCUAGCAACAAACACAACUAUAAAAGCAAAGAAAACACAACCGGAAUUACCAUCUGAGGGGGAGAUCACAAAAUCUGUGUUCAUGUCGCAAUCAACUGAUAUCUACACAAAUCUUGCUAUGGAAGAUUGGAUGUACCGUAACAUGGAUUUCUCUAACCAUCACAUUAUGAUGGUAUGGCGUAAUGAGCCAUGUGUGGUAAUUGGAAGGCAUCAGAACCCUUGGCUUGAGGCCAAUGUGCCCUUUUUGGGUGAGAAAGAAAUUUCCUUGGCUCGCCGCAACAGCGGUGGUGGCACUGUAUAUCAUGACCGUGGAAACCUCAACAUCACAUUCUUUACUCAUCGGGACAGAUAUGAUAGGAAAUACAACUUGGAAGUUAUAAAGAGGGCCCUGUACAGAGGCUUUGGAAUUAAAUCUCUCAUCAAUGAACGUCAAGAUAUUCUUGUUAGAGAUAAAUAUAAAAUAUCUGGAACUGCUGCUAAGCUUGGUCGUUUAUCUGCAUAUCACCACUGCACACUUCUAGUCAACGCCAACAAGGCUGAUCUCAGCAAGGCACUUGCUAAACGAGAGCAUGGCAUACAGACAAACGCGACGCCGUCCACGCCCUCCCCCGUGGCGAACCUGGCCGAUAUCGACAACAGGGUCACUGUUGAGAGCCUCCAAACGGCCAUUGGCUACGAGUUCUUGAGGACCCCGGCCCUGCACAUUGAAGAUGCGGGCGAACGGCACAUAUCGAAACAGAGGGGCUUCCAGUUCAUCAACCCUACGGAUGAUUGGUUCCCGGGUCUGGCUGAAUUGAGGAACGAGCUGACCACCUGGGACUGGUGUUACGGCCGAACUCCGGAGUUCACCGUGAGUCGGUCGUUCCCCGUCCCAGCUGAACUCCUCGCGCCCUCCAAGGUCUAUUCGGCUACUCAAGAGCUGGUCAUCAGUAUGACGGUAGAAAAGGGACUGAUUAAUGACGUCACGCUCAAUAUUCCCCCCGGUCUGGUUGAAUCCGGGUUCCACGGUGAAGCGUCAGUCAUUACCCAUCUAAAGGGAAAACGGUUCACGUCAGAAGCUCUAACCGCACUCGAAGACGCGAUGCUCACACGUCACGUGACCAGUGACGUCAGAAAACUAGACGAAAAAGAACAAUUCGUCGCGAAAUGCUUCGAUCAAGUGGUCAACACUGUUUAAGUCUGUGUUAUUCGUAAAAUGGUGCUAUGUUCUUAGUAUAAGUAUUAUCAGUUUAUAAUUGUUGUUUGUCAAGUGGCUGUAAAUUUUAUCGUAAUGAUUAUGAUGGUCGGUUCAAAGGCCGACAGCGAAUUGUAUAUGUACCUACUUAUCAAAUCUGUUUACGAUGUUUUGUGUCGUCUUACGAGCUUCCAUAUUAACCAAAUUAUUAUGUUUGCAAAUGCGUUAGAUUUUUUUUAUUGUGAUUAAUGUUUGCUUAUUUGCUUUAUUGUUAUUUUGUGUUCUUUUAGUUAAGUGUUAUAAUAUUGUUAAAGACGUGGAAUCGCAGUGACUAAAUGUAUUAUUUAUGCAAUAAAAAUUGAAUGUUAAUGAUAA